UAGGUCGUUCUCGCCUCGACUUGCCAUCCUUCGCCUCGAACGAUCCAUUAUACUUGCGUCAUUUGCGGACUCUACUUCCUUUCACCGUGCAGCAGGAGGGCCAGGGCCGAUAUUGCCAGAGUGUUGUUCGGAUUUGAGAGCCGGCGCGCAGUCCCAAGACGCAGGAUAUUCUUACAAUGGCCACACAACCCCCCGAAAGCUCCGCCGAGCAGAAAUAUGUGCCGCAGGACGCGCCCCCGACACCCAGCUUCCCCCAGCUUCGCGACUUUGUAUCACAACCAGUUGUCGCAUCGUUCUGCGCUGGCGGUGUUGCGGGUGCCGUCUCGCGGACUGUAGUCUCACCACUCGAGAGAGUCAAGAUUUUGUUUCAGGUCCAAAGUCCUGGGCACAGUGAAUACAAGAUGUCGGUUGGCAAGGCGCUCGCCAAGAUGUGGAGGGAAGAGGGCUGGAGGGGGUUCAUGGCAGGCAACGGCACGAACUGCAUCCGCAUCGUUCCGUACUCCGCUGUUCAGUUUGGCAGCUACAACUUAUACAAAAGGCAUUUCUUCGAAUCGUACCCGGACGCUCCUCUGAACUCCCUUCAACGGCUUAUCUGUGGCGGUAUCGCUGGUAUCACAUCAGUCGUGUUCACAUAUCCGCUUGAUAUUGUUCGGACGCGGUUAUCAAUUCAAUCAGCGUCGUUCGCUGCGUUAGGCAAAAAGGAGGGUACUAAGCUUCCGGGCAUGUUCCCGACUCUUGUCGCCAUGUACAAGACGGAAGGGGGCCUUGCGGCGUUGUAUCGGGGGAUAAUACCAACAGUGGCGGGCGUGGCGCCUUACGUUGGGCUGAACUUUAUGGUCUACGAGGUUGCCCGCAAGAGACUUACUCCCGACGGUGACAAGAACCCAAGCGCUGUGCGCAAACUCCUCGCCGGUGCGAUUGCUGGUGGCGUUGCGCAGACGUGCACAUACCCCUUCGACGUUCUUCGACGACGAUUUCAAAUCAACACCAUGUCAGGGAUGGGCUACCAGUAUAAAUCGAUAGGCGAUGCCAUCAAGACGAUAGUGGCGCAGGAGGGCCUCAAGGGUCUUUACAAGGGUCUGUUGCCCAACCUAUUGAAAGUGGCUCCCAGCAUGGCUGCCAAUUGGCUCAGCUUCGAGAUGACACGGGACUUCCUCGUCGCACUGAGAGCUCCGGAACCGAUAGUCCUAUGAAAGAAAUGAACAGAAACGGGAACGGGAACCUUCACUGGUUGGAAAAUUACGGAUGCAGGACGUAGACGAUAAACCUGGUCAGGUGCGAGAAGCCGUACAAGCUC